AUGGGAUACAAUGUUUGUAGUGAAACUACUCUCGACCAAAAGCGAGCAUUGGAUAUUAUAAAUAUAGUGGUAUCGAUUCUUUCACUCAUUGGAAGUAGUUCAACGAUUAUUGCGUAUCUGCAUCGACAGUAUAAACAGAGACAGGUAGAGCGACUCGAAAGAAGUCUGAUAGAUGAACGACAACAUGCAAAUUUGUUGGGACGUGAAGGAAACACCGUCGGUCCAGUCGGAGCCAAUCUGAAGGGUUCGUUCAACAGCUACUCUGAUCUGGGAAUGAAGCCAACUAGCAAACCGCCCAAGUCAAAGCUACCAUACCUGGUAUUCAUGUUGGCAGUCUCCGAUCUUCUAACAUCUAUAGUAAUCAUUAUUUCAACAUCUUUUCUUCUUGGUGAUCUACGUGACUAUCACAAACAGGUGGUCAUAGGCAACGUAGUGAUGUCACCAUGUGUUGCUCUGCGUGCAGCCAUCCAAUUUUGGUACAUGGCAACUUUCUUUUGGACAACUUGUAUAUCAUUUUAUCUUUACGACCAACUUUCCAAUCCAAUUCAAAGUUCUCUUUUGACCAAAGUAUUCACUGCUAUUUCAUUUGGAAUUCCAUUUUUAAUUACAAUGACAGUUACACUUACAAACUCGAUACGUUUGGAUCCAACUACUGGUUGGUGUGAAUUAAGAAAGCUAGAGGAAAUCUUAUUAUGGUUUACACCACUAUUGAUUUGCAUGAUGAUUUGUGUAUUUUAUUAUAUUAGACUUAGACGUUUGUUUAGAGAGAAAUUCCAAUGUAGAUUAAGUGUUAAUGAUCGUCUCAGACAAAUAGAUUCAACUAUUACAACUAGAUUAACAUUGUACAUUUUAGUAUUUAUAAUUGCAUGGCUUCCAGAUAUUAUUCAACAUUUUAUUGGUUUCUUUUCAACAUGUUCUCUUUAUCCAUUGAUGGUAAUACAGAAUCUUUUAGUACCAAGUCAAAACACGUCAUGUACAAUUGCCUCAAUCAUUUCUCGGUUUUCUAAAAAUUUUGUUACUAUACCAAAAAUCUCUGUUUUUAAAACACCAAACAAACAAUAA